GGCAACCCUGCGCCCGCUGUAGGCCCGCGCACCGCCGGCUGGCCGCGUUUUAUCGCCUUUAUUUCAUGUUCGGAUCUUUGUGACACUUUUGUUCGGACGCUGGAUCGGGAGCUGCGGGGAAUGCCGCACGGGAACCGGGCCAGGAAGAAGAAAAAAAAGUGCGAGUGACAAAAAAAAAAUCAGAAUUAAAAAAAAUAUAUAGAAGAAGCGGCGCGUCGGUGAGCGAGCUCGGAGGCGCCGCCGGGAGAGGGAGCACGCCUGCAGCCGGGGGGCAGCGCACAGAGCCCGGUCAGCCAAGCUGGGAUCCACCGCGGGGCCGGAGCUCCUUCAAACCUUCAGUCUCUUCAUCCUCUUUCUUUCUGGCAUGCAUCAUCACCACCCUCCUCUUCCUCCUCCUCCUCCUCCUCCUCACCACCACCACCACCACCAUCAUCAUCAUCAUCAUCAGAGGAUGUAAAGCUCGGCCUUCCCCCCCUCCACUCCCCCAACGCACAAAUCCUACAGCACAUUUCUCCUUUAAUGGGACCUUUUUUUUUUUUUUAAUAUUUAUUUUUCUCUCGCUGCGUUUUGGCGAUGCGACCCGUGCGCUGUCACUCCGUCUGUGCGCAACAAACUGCCUGGCACACGCAGACAUGCGUGCGUAAAAUGCGCUGCCUUUGAUUUUAUUCGGAGGGAGAAGAAGAAGGGAAAGUAGGGAAAAUAGCAGAAUUGGGCUGGGAGGAGCCUCUUGAAGACUUCCCCCCCCCUCUCUUUCUUUCUUUCUUUCUUUCUUUCUUUCUUUCUUUUUUUUUUUGCCUUCCACGGGCAAAAAUAUCGGAGUGGAUUCUUUAAUGGAGCUGGAGAAUAUCGUAGCUAACACGGUACUCCUGAAAGCAAGAGAGGGCGGAGGAGGAAAGCGGAAGGGAAGGAGUAAGAAAUGGAGGGAGAUCCUGCGCUUCCCCCACAUCAGCCAGUGCAUGGAGCUGAGCAGGAACAUUGAGAGGGAUUAUUACAGCCUGUGUGAGAAGCAGCCCAUUGGACGACUGCUGUUCCGCCUCUACUGUGAGACCAGACCAGAGCUGCUGAGAUGCAUUCAUCUGCUGGACGCCAUGGAGGACUACGAGGUGACGCCAGACGAGAAGAGGAAGAGUCGAGGAGAUCAGAUCAUUAAAAAAUUCCUCACCAAACAGUCUCUAGAGUGUGUGGACGUGGUUGAGGGUCUUGCCGAGCGCUGCAGAGAAAAUCUUGAACUGAGCCCCUGCAAGGAGAUAUUCAGCGACUGUCGCAAGGCUCUUCAUGACUACUUAAGCGGUGCCCCCUUCUCCGACUACCAGAACAGCAUGUACUUCGACCGCUUCCUGCAGUGGAAGAUGCUGGAGAGGCAGCCGGUUACUAAAGACACAUUUCGGCAGUACCGGGUUCUGGGCAAGGGAGGCUUUGGAGAGGUAUGUGCAUGUCAGGUGCGGGCCACAGGUAAGAUGUACGCAUGUAAGAAGCUGGAGAAGAAGAGGAUAAAGAAGAGGAAGGGCGAGUCCAUGGCUCUGAAUGAGAAGCAGAUUCUGGAGAAAGUGAACAGCAGAUUCGUAGUCAGCUUAGCGUACGCAUAUGAAACCAAAGACGCUCUGUGUCUGGUGCUGACCAUCAUGAACGGCGGAGACCUGAAGUUCCACAUCUACAACAUGGGCACGCCGGGCUUCGAGAAGGAGCGCGUCCAGUUCUACGCUGCUGAAAUCUGCUGCGGCCUCGAGCACCUGCACCGAGAGUCCAUCGUCUACAGGGAUUUAAAACCAGAGAACAUUCUCUUAGAUGAUAACGGCCAUAUCCGGAUCUCAGACCUGGGGCUGGCCAUCAAAGUGCCUGAGGGAGAGCUGAUCCGUGGCCGAGUCGGCACUGUGGGUUAUAUGGCUCCGGAGGUGAUUAAUAACGAGCGCUACAGUAUGAGUCCUGACUGGUGGGGUUUGGGCUGCCUGAUCUACGAGAUGACCGCCGGACGCUCGCCCUUCCGCGCCCGCAAAGAGCGAGUGAAGAGGGAGGAGGUGGAGAAGCGAGUGCAGGAGGAGGAGGAGGAGUACAGCGACAAGUUUACAGAAGACACCAAAGCCAUCUGCAGGAUGCUCUUAGCCAAAGACCCCAAGCAGAGGCUAGGCUGCCAGCCUGAAGGAGCUGCAGAGGUCAAAGCUCAUCCCUUCUUCAAAAACAUCAACUUCAAGAGACUCGAGGCCGGCAUUCUGGAACCCUCCUUCGUGCCUGACCCCAGGGCGGUCUACUGUAAAGACGUUCUGGACAUUGAACAGUUCUCCACUGUUAAAGGUGUAAACCUGGACCAAACAGACAACGAUUUCUACUCCAAGUUUGCCACUGGCAGCGUCUCCAUCCCAUGGCAGAAUGAGAUGAUAGAGACAGAAUGCUUUAGUGACCUUAACGUGUUUGGGCCUCAGGGGUCGCGCCCCCCUGACCUGGACUGGACGCAGCCGCCGGAGCCGCCGCGGCGCAGCCUGCUGGACAGGAUCUUUAGGAGACAUGUGAGGAUCUCCUCCUCCUCCACAGAGGAACAGGCCAGAGAACACAAUAGUUAACUACAGACCAGCAUCCAGAGGCGACCAUCGCUCACAGCCGAGUCUCGUCUUCCAGCGUCAACUCCGUUGACUCCGUGUCAAACUCUGCCCCCUAGUGGACAGACGCCUGCGGGACUACAGGGAACAAGAUAGAACAAGUGAUAUAAAGAAAGAGAGAGAGAGAGAAAAAAAUAAACAGAGAGAAACUCCUCCAGUCCUGCACAGGCUGGUCUUUAGAGCACGGAAGAGGAUUUUGUUUUUUAUUUCCUCGUCUAGGCCGCAAACACUAACCUUUCGCGGCCCGCUGGAGGGCAGGAGACGAAACGACUCUGCUUUUGAGACGAAAAGAGACUUUUUUUUUUCUUUUUGUCGUUUUUUUUUUGUUUUGUUUUAUGUUUUUUAACUACAGCCGAACUUUUACCCCUCACCUCAUGCUCCCUCAGGAUUGCUGGACCAGAAUAAAAAAGAGCCACUGACAA